UUCCGACUGAGUGUGUGUGCCCUGCCCACGUUUGUAGGCGAAAUUGAAGGGUCACACUCCACCCACACACCUACCUGGAGGCACAUGGCAACUGAGAAAGAGAAGGAGGCGUUCGUGGGUCGCAGUGGCGGCGCAACGUCUAGCCCCAGAGUCCACAGUCUGUGCCAGAAGAGGCUGAACCACGCUACCAGCAAGAGUAACUACGUGAGGUACAUGCUGGAAGCAAUGAAAAAGGCUGGUUGUGAGGUUUGUGUUCCACGGCACUUGGUAUGUGAGCCUUGUGGUCCUCUGGUUGCUGGAGGAUUUGACCCUUACCGCCAGCAAAUUGUUCUGUGUGAGAACAACAUCUACUCUCAGGGCCACAUGAAUGAAACCCUGACUCAUGAACUGGUUCACAGUUACGACUACUGCAGAGCAAAGCUGGACUGGAAUGACCUUCAUCACUUGGCCUGCACUGAGGUUAGAGCUGCAAAUUUAAGUGGCGAGUGCUUCUUUUGGAAAGAGACAUUCGCAAGGCUCAAGUUUGGUUGGAGGAAGCAUCACCAGACAUGUGUGAAAGAGCGUGCAUCAAAGUCAAUGCAGUGUGUUCGUGAGAUAACUGAGGCUGAGGCUUUGGCAGUCGUGGAGUCUGUGUUCCAGACCUGCUUCACGGACACUGACCCAUUCGAGAGGGUCCCACCAUAACCCAUCUUGUGUCCUACGAUCACUUUCAAAUUCCAGCAUCAGUUCAAAAAUAAUUUAUUCCUACAAAUUCAUACAUGUAAAUGAUCGGUACUUUUAAAGAGUGAGUGUGCAGGGCACAGCCGUAGAAAGCAGCUGCUGCCGUGAAUUUUAUAAAACUUUACACAAACAAAAGGUGGCUUCUAGUCAGUGGGCCUUCUUUUCCCCACUGCUGCUUGAAGCUCAGCUCGUAGCUCUGUCGGUGCCUUCGCUGGAGGAGGAGGCUUCACGAGCGGUUUGGUGGGCAGAGGCGGUCUCUCUUCCUUCUUGUCCCUGCGUGAGCCCCGGCCUUUGGAUGGGGUCUUGCCUGUCGGCUUCUGAGCCAGUUGGCUGCCGAGCUGGGCCUGCUGGAGAGGGCUCCCCGUGGUGGACGAGUGAGGAGUGAUGUGGAAUGAAGUCUUUGCAUGGUCUGCUCCUGGGCUCACUGUGUGGGAGUGUGGGCGGGGCUUCGUUGGGGGUGGGGGAUUCUUCUGUUUCAGCUGCUCCGCCAGCUGCGAGACUCGUCCGCUACUUGUUGACGCCGAGCGAGAAAUUCCUUCCUCUGUGCUACCAGCUGAUGAUGGCGGGUCGUAUGACUUGCGAGGACUUAGGUCCACGUGUUUGCGAUAUGGGCUGACUAGGACCUGUGCGGGUGGAGGCGGUGCAGUGAACUUGCUGCUGAGACUCUUGACAGACGAAAACAGUGAUUGCAGGCUUGCUGGCUGGUGGCUCCUGUUUCACAGGCUCAGGCGAGGACACUUUCUCCUCCAGUUCCUCAUCUUCCUCCUUUGUCUCUGCAUCAGCUGUCACAGUCACUUUGGGUGGCUCAGGGUUGCCCCUCACGUGCAGGGAGCUCCGGAAUGCUGGCAUCAACUGGUGCCUCGCUCACCUUCCCAGCUUCUUCCUCCCUAGCCUCCUGCAUACUGGACUUCCUGGUGGGGGGAGGGGGGACAGCUGCAGUGUCGGAGGUGGCGGAGGGUGUCUGCAGCUCGAGCUCGAUGAUCUCCACAUAGGCCACGGGAAUGAAGCCCCUGUUGCUGCCACACAGUCCAUCCCACCAGUGGCCGUCCGGGCUCUUCUCUACUACCUUCAACAUAUCUCCUCUCUUGAAACUCAGCUCCUUGUCGCUGCGGGCAGUGUAAUCAUGGAGUGCUCGGGCACUCACUGACAUGACUCCUUCACCCUCUUCGUCUUCCUCCGACUCACUCUCUGAGUCCAAACCAUGUGUCUUUUUCGCGGCCUCCUCUUUCCCAUCCUCUCCACCUUCCUCGUCUCCCCCAGCAGCCAGCUCCUCCACACUGGCCUGAAUGUCCUUUACUGUGUUGUCCAGUGCCGACCACUC